AGUACCAGAAGUCCGGUGUCUAUGUACACAAUAGCCUUCAAUUUCUUCUUCAAAGUCUUCGUUUCGAUCGAUUUUUGGGUUCAAGGUACUGGUUCAAUCUCUGUUCCCUGUUCAAUGAAUCGAGUUAUAGGUUAGAUGCAAUCGUUUGGUUGCUGAGAAGAUACUUAUAGGUUAAAUACAAUCGUUUGGAUGCUGAGAAAAUUUUUAUUUAACUAAAAACUUAGAAGCAUAAAUAAUUUUCCAGAUAUAUAAUUAAUAAUAUAAUAGAAAUAGCAUUUUCUAUGCUCUUAGAAGACGCGAGUGAAGCUAUCCUAGCCGAAGCGUCAAGACUCCCAGAAUCAAAUCAAUCAGAAUGUCUGAAAGCAAGGCAGUGAUUGGUCUCUCAUGGGAGCCAAAGCUGUCUCUCCUCUCAUCAGCACCCAAAAAUGGGUCUGACAAAUCUCAAAAUGUGGCUGAAAACAGGGGUGCAGGCCUAUGGAAACCUGAUAGCGAGCUUGUUGAUGGACUGUUUGUUCCUCCUAACAACCCUAGGAAGUUGAACAAACUGCUCAGAAAACAAGUUAAAGACACAACCGGCACCAAGUGGUUUGACAUGCCUGCACCAACUAUCACUCCAGAGUUGAAAAAAGAUCUCCAGUUACUGAAGCUGAGAAGUGCAAUUGAUCCAAAGAGGCACUACAAGAAGAGUGAUUCAAAAUCGAAGACAUUGCCCAAAUAUUUUCAGGUGGGCACAGUGAUAGAGUCCGCAUCAGACUUCUUCUCUGGUAGACUCACAAAGAAGGAGAGGAAGGCAUCCCUGGCUGAUGAGCUGCUUUCUAAUAGUUCCUUUGCAGACUACAGGAAGCGCAAGGUUCGAGAGAUUGAAGAACAAAAUCGACCAGCUGGGGUUGACAAAUGGAAGAUAAAGGGCCGCCAAUCAUGGAAACGUAAAAAGCAGAGAAGGCAUUGAUGAUUCCGUCACUUUUAUUCAGAUUUGCUAACAACAUGCAGCACAUCAAAGUCCAGAAUUUUGUUUUGUAUUCCUUUUUUUUUUUCUUAUUUCUUUUGUGGGGUGGGAGCAGGGGUGGUAUGUGAGUUUCAAGCUCGUAAUGACAUUGGUUCUGUAGAAGUAAAUAGCUCUUGAGUGUUAAACAUCAUAGUUGAUGAGAAGUAAAUUGCUAUUAUUAAUAUGAUUAUGUGUUUACAAUUUCAAGAUCA